AUGCCAGGCAGGUCAUUAGACAGCUGCGGCUCGUGCAUAUCUUCUUCACCUGCUGGGUUGCACUCUUGCUGGAUUUACGAGCACUUUUCCUCAGUUGCGGAGUCCACCGCUGAUCAGGACUACGACGAGACUUCUCCGCGUGCGUGCAAGUGGAUUGCGACGAAGAAGACCGUGAAGAGCAUUCGCACGCCGUCGUAUAGGGAGCGCCUGGACCGACUCCGGAUUCCGGAUGUCUGUUGGAUCCCGUAUGGGGAGCAUUGGGAGGUCCGAGACUUCCACGUCAGAUCAUGCUACUCCGGUCUCUUGCGCUGGGGGCCUGUUGCUGUGUAUUACCGACCGGAGAGGGUCGUGCGGCAGUUUGGUUACACACAGACCAUUCCUGCUCCUCCUGUCGAUUCAUGGGUCUUGUAUGAUGAUAUACACGACAGGUGGAUGCACUACGAGGAUCAUAUCGUACCUGCAGGUGAGGUGUACGUGGUGCCAGGGGCGUGUUCCAGUGACUACAUCGACUGGUUCUUCCGCAUCUCCCAUCCUUUCAUGACACCAGGCCACACAAUAGAUCCUCUGCCUCAUGGUCACGCCCCGCAGCCCCGAGUCGUCCCUCAGGCCCCGCAGACAGAUAUCCCUCGUGUGCCGGAGUCAGGAGCAUCGUCGACAUCUGCGGAGGAGCCCAGACAUGCAGUGGAAGUUUGUGAUGACAUUGUUAAGCGGUUGGAGCGCCAUCUGAGUCUAGGGGUGGUCACGCUUGGCUCAUCGACACAUGAGGUGAUCGAAGAAUGCCUCAGAUUGGCCAGGAGUGUCACGCAGGACCAUCUAGUAUACGUUAGGUGUAGACACAGGCGGCGCACUGAUCAGGCUUAG